AUGAUGUGGUAUCUAGUUGUCGCGGCCGUAUGUAUUUUGUACGUGUACUGGUCUUUCAGAAUGUAUCCGGGUAACAUGCCUGUGUAUCCUGGGAAGCUGCCACUGUUGGGGAACCUUUCGCUAUUUUUGGGAGACGCCGUAGUUAUAACGGACCCCGACGAUUGCAACCAAGUACUAAGUUCGUACUUUGAGAGACCGGGUUUUGCAAAUAAAUUCCUAAGACCGUUCCUUGGCGAUGGUCUUUUAGUUGGACCAGGUUCAAUAUGGAAAGACCGCCGUAAACUUAUUAGCCCAUCAUUCAAUCAACAAGUGAUUGACAGCUUUCUGGAUAUCUUUAACAAACAAAGUCGACGCCUCGUCAAAAGCUGGGAGGAAUAUGUUGGAGACGAGAAUUUCGACCACCACGACUAUUUAGAGAAGACUGCUUUAGAAACCGUCUGCUUAACCAUGGCCGGAGUGGACAUCACCCAACAACGGGAAUACAACAAUAGGUGUCUAACGGCUUUCCGCACUCUUGUCGAUCGUGUGAUAGAGAGAGCUAAAAACCCCUUCUAUUAUACGGAGUUAAUUUACAGCAUGUCAGCUUUGAAGAAAACUGAAGACUCUAACGUGGCUAUCUCACAUCAGCUAACUGAUCAGGUCUUACAAAGAAAGCGAGAGGAGUACAACACCGACCAGAAAAUAAUCGAUCCUAAAUCAGAAAGUAAAUUCAAGCCGUUCCUACACCGUCUACUCGAUUUUAGCAACACGUCGCUGAGUGAUAAGGACAUAAAAGACGAGAUGAACAACAUUAUAUUCGCCGGAUCUCAAUCCAGCUCAGCUGUUGUAGCCUAUACUUUACUGUUGUUGGGUACAUACCCAGAAAUUCAACAGAAAUGUCGGAAACAAAUUCUAGACGUUUUUGGUGAUUCGGAUAGAGACGUGUCGAAGGCGGACUUAACACAGCUGAAGUAUCUUGACGCAGUACUCAAAGAGACGAUGAGACUGUGCCCCGUUGCACCGUUUACCGGAAGAAUUAUCACCGAAGACACUAAACUUAAAAAUGCCGUUCUACGCAAGGGCCUCGUUUGUGGUGUAAUGUUGUACGGUGUGCUGAAUAAUCCGGAAUUGUGGGGUUCAGACGUCAAUGAGUUUGUACCAGAAAGGUGGUUAGAGCCCAACCGUCUCCCAGAAAAUCCUCGUGCUAUGGGUAGUUUUGGAUAUGGAAAGCGGAAUUGUAUUGGUAAAAUCUACGCUAUAAUGACGAUGAAAGUUUCCAUCGUACACAUACUUCGCCGUUAUCGAGUAACCGGUAACUAUCAUAACAUGAAAUUAAAAAACCAAGUCAUCAAUAAACCAGCUAGGGGACACGAAAUAAGGAUAGAACUCUUGGAAUAA